AGGGUAUAUCUGUAAUAGCGCUGCAUGUCAGCGGGUCUGCCGUUCGAAACUAGUUCGGGGGCAUUGGGAAAUGGACUGAACUGCCGGUGUGGGUGGAACCAAUGCCGAAGAAUGGAGUGCAGCAUGGGUAAUAUGUCUAUGGCAGAUCGUCCUUCAAUGCUAUGCUAGAUGCGACGGCAGUUAAGGAUACAGUGCAAGCCAGCAUGACAUUCACGUUGUUUGCGCUGGCUUACAUCGCGUUUGGUUGCCUUUUCGGAGGUGUGGAGGCGACAUGCGACAAUAGCACUAGCACAGGAAGCUAUUGCGUGGCGUCGCUGGUCAGGGAUAUCCUUGCAGUGCCCGGGGUGAAUGUGAGCUCUGGCGGCUCCAGUCCCCGAGGGGCGGUGGAGGGAGCGGUGGGGACCUUCCUGGGGCAGUGCCUGGGGAUGCAGGCGCCUACCCUCAGGCCGGUAAAUAUGCUGCUCAUGCAAGAGACCAGGGGGCGCGGUGCGGAAAAGAUUGGGGCCUACAUCGAGGCGCGGACGGGGUUUACCUUCCAAGCAACUUAUGUCGGUACAGAUCAGCUCACCCAAGCCAUCGUUUCCGACCUGGUCCUCCCCAGCGGCCAGCCCAACCCCGCCCCCUCCCUGGACGGUUUCGCCUUCGACCCCUCCGCCGUGGUUGACCUCACGGCGCUGGGCGCACUGGCGCCCCUGGAGCAGUACGUGCGGGAGGACGCGGACAUUGAGUGGAGCGAUGUCAUACCAUUCAUUCGGCAGAUUGCCACCAUCUAUGACGGGCACCUGGUGGGGGUGCCCAUUACGGGACAUGCCAGCGUGCUCUACUACCGCAAGGACGUGCUGGCCGCUGCCGGCGCCCCGGUUCCCUCCACCUGGGAGGAGCUGCUGGCGGUGGCUUCCGCCGUGAAUGGCAGCGACUUCAACGGGGAUGGCAAACCCGACUACUCCAUUUGCUGGCAGGUUGUCGACUGCUUGGAAUCUUCUGUCGUCUUAGUUCAGAUCCUAGCGCCCAUGGUGCAGACUAUGGGUAUGCCACACGGCUGGUUGUUCGACCCGGCCAACAUGCAGCUGCUGCUCAACAGCACUGCCAUGAUGCGGGCACUGGAGCUGAUGAGGGCCCUGCAGACCGUAACGUACCCCGGUUCCCGAUGCAACCUGGUGCACUUUGAGUUCCUGUCCGGCGAGUGUGCGUUCACCGUGAAAUGGGUCGAGCAGUUCAAGGCAGCAGAGUUUUUCACACCCUACCUCCGCGGUCGGGUGGGAGUGGCGCAGCUGCCUGGCUCCACCCACGUGUUGGACAGAACCACGGGUCAGUUGGUCGCCUGCACGACCAGCAUCUGCCCCUACGCACGCACCGAGCGAGAUGCCAGGACGGGGCAGGCUGUGCUGGUCAAUCGGGCGCCGCAUUUCGGUUACGUUGGAUUCGCAGGCGGCGCUCGGAAAAGCGGCGAUCCUGACUACCAGAAAGCCGUGUACAACUCCUUUGCUUUGUUCGCUAGCACGGAGACGAGCUGGGAGUUCAUCUUAGACCCUAUAGCCCCGGCGGGCCCCUUCCGUACCUCGCAUGUGGACCCAGCCAACCUACACAGGUGGGUGGCUGCUGGGUACGAUGCGAACGACACGGCCAGCUUCCUGAAUGCGUGGAAGGAGUCCUACUCCGACCCCAAUGUGGCCCUCGACAUCCGUAUUCUCAACUCGUACAAGUACAGGGAUAUCCUGGGGAGUGCCGGGAACAAUAUCACCCGUAACCUCUCCACUCCGCUGGUGGAGGUCUUCACCGCUCUCGUGCAGCAAACCAUGCAGCUGCUGGCGGAGAGUGGCGGAGUGGACAAGGUCCGUGCCGCCUACCGCACCGCCCUGGGCUACUCCUCCUCCUCCCCCCCACCGCCUCCGGAGCUCUUCAUCGCUCGCCCGCCUCCUGCGCCCGCCCCGCCGCCGCCUCCCGCCGCCUCCUCCGGCUCUUCACGGCUAGGAGCAGUUGCAGGGGGGGCGGUGGCGACAGUGGUGGCGGUGGUGGUGUUGCUGGGCUUGGCGGGGUACUGGCUGUGGGCCAGAAGCCAAGGUCGCGGCCUGCUGGGCUCCACGCUGCCCCCCAAGCCCGGCCCCGAAACCACGCUGCUGGUGGCCUGCCUGCCCGACCUGCCGCUGCUGAUGAGGGAGCUGCCGGAGCCGCUGGUGGCACGGGCCCUAUCGCAGUACCUCGCCUUCAUGCGACGCUUGCUCAAGCAGCACAAGGGCUAUGAGGCGCUAGCCGCACCGGCGAGUGACAUAUUGCCGACCGCUUCUGCCUCUGCUGUUGCCGCUGGCGGCUUCUUGGAUGAUCCAACAUUCGCUACCACCGCCAUCUCCAUUACUCUUCCGCCUGCUGCAUUUGACGGAGACCGCCGAGGUCGCGGUCGCCGCGGCAGUGUGGGUGACAGCGUCGAAGAGGCGAAUGAGCGCUCGACCCCGCCGUCCCUGCGAGGCAACAGCGUCCAAGCUAUUGAAGCCGCCGUCGCCGCUGCAAACACCCCACCAGACGUCGCAGCGGCAGCGACGGCGCCGCUUGCCACGGACAGCGCUUUCAGGCUUGGUGAAUUAGCGGGCGAGGGUUGGUUCAUGGUUUGCGCUUUCAGUACGGCACGAGAUGCCGUACGGUUUGCUGCGGCGGCACAGCAGGGCCUAAUGCGGCUGGACUGGCCGUCGCUGCUGUUAGAGCACCCGGCGUGCAUGCCGCUGUACGCGCUAUCGGCUGCCGCACUUUCUAACCAUCCGACACGCCUCCACAGCACGCAGCCGUUCGGCAACAGAGGAACCAGAUGCAGUGGUGGAGGUGGAGGGAGGUGGAAUGGUGUCUUGCCAGCACACUUGCCUCCGUUGCAUCCAUUUUCUUGCCGGACCAUGAAACAACAGCAGAACCAAUUGAACCUGAUGUAUAGUUCCAAUAACAGUAACAGCAACCAAAGCAGCCAAAACGGCGCUCGGAAGUAUCCGAGUGCUACCAACGAUUGGGACGCCUCUGUGCGGUAUGCCGCCAGCGCCUCCACGACAGUGGCUACUGCUGGUAUCACUGUAAGAAUGAAACAAACGCCACGCAGCAGCGCCGGGGGCCACCGGUUGGCCGGGUCCGCAGGGCAAGGCACCAGCGCCAUCGUGCGCUCGCUGCUGGCCCGCCGGCACCGCGUGCUGGACCUCUUCCACACUGCCGGCAGCAGAGGGGGCAGCGAGGCGCCCUCGCGCUCGCACAGCUCCUGCCAGUCCAUCAUGAGGACGAAUGGGGAGGUGCAGUCGCCGUACAGCAGUCGCGGAGGCGGCGCGGGAGGAGGAGUAGGCGGGCUGUCACAGCCGCCAGCGGCAGGGGCGGCAGCGCCUGCAAUGGCGGGGGCAAUGACUGACACAGCAGCAGCACGUGCGACAGCCGCGACUUGUGGCGAUGGUAACCAAGCUGGCAACGCUAACACUGCUACUGACAAUAGGUUUGUCCCAGUCAGCACACUUGCGGCGUUGUCAGCAAGGAGCAAACUGCCGCAACCGCAGCACCGGCCGCAGCCACAGCUUCUGUCCUUCACUCGCUCGGACCUUUCGCUGCGUUUGCCGUCACAACCGUUACAGCCGCAGCAGGAUAAGAAGGAGCGUCCCUUGCAGCAUCCCCCUCCGCAGCAAUCAACGGAACCUACCACCGGCCUUCAGGAAAAGUGCUGCACGGUAGACGAUACUAACAACCACUUCUACAACCCAUUCUCUACCACUGCCGCCAUUGCCGCCGCUGCCGCCACUGGCGGUUCAUUUUCUCCCGCCACGGCUCCGGCACCAUGGCUGGACGCCUCCUCCCCCGCUGCAUGGGUGGCGGAGCUUCCAGACCCCCUCGGCGGCACCGCCGCCGCCGCCUCGUCCUCCUUGGUGCGCCGCAGUCCGUCCUCCGUCGGACGCUUCCUAACGCUGGUGGCUGCUGGAACCCCGAGCGCAGCUGGCGGUGAGCGUGGCAGCAGCGGGAGCGGCAAUGGCACACAGCUAGACCGCAACACUCAGGGUUUGUGUGCCUUGUACGGCAGAGGCGCCUCCAGCUUGUCACAGCAGGCGGCUCUUCUGGGUAGCCCGCUCGGCAUGCUCAGGACGCGCACCCUGCAGCCCGCCCGUUCUGCCAUCGCCCCUGCGUUGUCAGCAAUUAGGGCAACAUCCGUGCUUGCUGUAGCGGCUGGGGCCGCCGCUGCUGAUGCCACUGCCGGCGCCUGGGCUGGGACACUGACCGCAGAUAAUGGUUUCGGUAGCGGCGGUGGUGUUGGUGACGGGACAACGGCCUUGUUGGCCGCCUCGUCUGCUGGCUUGGAGGUUGGCAGCUCCUGCAAGCCGCCACAACGCCAAACGCCCGUACAACUACCAUGUCCUUCACCGCCGCCGACGCCGCCGCCGCAGCAGGGGGCUGUGGCAGCGGCAUCAGUUGCAGCUGCCGUCGGUGGCGUCGCAUUGCAACAGCAGACGCAGCCGCACACUGCGACCACAACCCUGGACGCCUCUGCAGCUCAGGGCGCAGUGGCGGCAGCGACGGGGCCCAUUGCCUCUGCUACCAUUGCAAACACGAACGCUAACGCCGACGCUGUCAGCAGCAAAGCCCGCGGCGGCGGGCCGUUGCAGGUCGUACGAAUGGCCGAGUAUUACCAAGUUGCGUUCAAAGUGGUCAACACCCUGGCCCAAGUGAUCUCAUCGCACAACGGAGGGGCUGAGGUCGCUGCUGACGGCGCCGAUGCUACCACAACCUACACCGCUACCAGUACUGUCGCUGUCGGCCCGGACAGCAGCAGCAAACAGCGACCCAGGGAAGGCUCAUGUCUUCGGUUCUUAGGCCCGCCGCCUAGCGGGUCCCUGGAAACCGCUGUCAGCCCUUAUAAUACUGGUAGCGGUGGCGGCUUCAGCGGCGGUGGUGGCGGCAUCCCCGGCGCCAUCAAGCAAUACGGGAGUAUCCAUGCAAGCCACGAAACAUGCAGUAGCGACUACACCCCCGGCGACAGCGGUCGCGGCAAAGGAGGGGGCAGUAGCUCCGCAUGUGCCAUGGCAGGUAGCUCAGGAAGCGUUCUUAAACCGUUGGCGGCCGGCUCCCGGGCCGCUGCGGCCCUUCAGGUGCCUUUGGCUGCUCUACCGGUGCAUUCGGAGGACACCGCCUUGCCCGCCAUAUCCGUCGACCUCACGCCUAGCUUCUCCGCUACCCCCAGCGCUGCUGCUGCUGGCGACGUCACCGCAGUCGCUGCAAUGGGUGUUGCCCCAUCAAAGGCAUCCGGUAGCUGUGUGGUGUCCGCUAGAGACCUCGCCACAUCCUCUGCGUCGCUGGUGCUGCGACAAAGCAAUGGCGGCGGUGGCGGCGGCUACCAGCGCUCCAACACGCAGCAAAGCGGCCUCAUUCCACCCGUACCCAGCCCCCUAAGGUCCGGACGUCCAGUGGCCUUUCUUUCCCGAUUCUCCCGGGGCACAGCCGCCUCCGCCUCCGGGCAUCCCACGCCGGGACUGCCCCCAUGCCCACAAGCUGCCACCCCACCUGGCCUCGCGAGCAGCAGCAGCGCGCAUGCCUCCGGCUCAGCUGGCGGCAGCGGUGGUACCGGCAACCCCCCUACCGCCGGUGCCUCGUCUUGGUGGGGAGCGUUGUGGCGGAUCCUGACCCAUGCAGGUCGAGAGACGGACCCCGUUGCAAUGUUAUCCACAGGCGGUAAGGCUGCGGAACAGAGCCUUACAAGGGCAGCGGAGGCGGAGGCGCAGACGGAGGCGAUGUUACGGGAGGCCGGUACGGUGUUGCAAAGGGGCUUGCGGGUGUGCAUGGGCCUGAGUUCCGGAGUGGCCUCGCGACAUGUCUCCUACACGCGUACGGCAAAGCGUGUCCAGUACUGCGGUCUUACACUUCAGAUUGCACGCGAUCUGUCGUAUGCGGCCUACGGCACAGCCUCACGUGUACUGCUGAGCGGCGGUUGCUACAAGCAGUUGGACGCAGGCAGUCCGGAUUUCAACCGUACAUGUACGAUUCUAAACAUUGGGGAGUACCAACUGCUUCAGCCGUGCAGGAUUCCAUGUCCAUUGGACUUGUACAUGCCGCUGACUCCCCUCCAAGGCCCCUGCCUGGCGGCCCACACGCGGCCCCGUGGCGCGCUGCAGACGCAGGGCGGGGUGAUGGAGGCGCCGGUGGGGGACGUGACCAUCGUCUUCGCCUACGCGGUGGGGGUCAGCACACUCAUGGCCUGGGACCUGGCCGAGGCCCAGUCCGCCGUGUCUCUGCUGCAGAG